GUAUUCCAGUGCAACGCUGACAACACUCUUGUCGCGAAAGAUACUGCAGACUGGCCUGACAACACAGAUGCCAUCGACCGGGCGGUAAGCGCGACGAUGAGACCCGACGUCUGUAUUUACAGCACUGAUGACGACCAUGCCGCGCCAUACACUCUCACUGCUCAAGAGCUUGCGGGGCGCAAGUACUCGGAAGAGCGCAAGCAGAAAUUGGCUCGAACUCGCUGGGGGUCAAUGGUCGUUCCUAUUGAGCUCAAGUCAGACAUUUCCAGGGCACCGUUUCAUUUUGGGAACAGCCGCACGGAGGAGACGGAGAAGAAGAUAAAGGCACGAGGGCAGAUCGCCGACUAUGCUACGAGGAUCAUGCAACGCCAGCACCGGCUGUUCUUAUUCAUGAUUGUCAUCUGCAAGCGUGAGGCGCGGUUCCUGCGUUGGGAUCGAUCUGGUGCGAUUGUCACAGAUGCAUUCGAUUUCGUGAAGAACCCGGAACCGCUGCACACGUUCUUCUACCGUCUCAGCAAGAUGACUCGCGAACAGCACGGGUACGAUCCAACUGUGGUGCCGGCUGAUGCAGAUGAGAUCGCGCUGAUGGAAUCGUACAAAGACAAGCUCCCCCAGGACGACUACCUCCGCAAGUGUCUCAAUGAUGCUAUGGAGCGCGGCUGGCCUAUCCAAAAGGUGAUGAUGCGUCAAGAGGAUGUGGUCUCUGUAGAAUCCUGGCGCGCCGCUGCGAACAAGGCGGACUCGACUGGCUCAACUCCCCCGGACACUUCUCAAGCCUCCUCUGCCUGUGGUGAAUCGUCGCCUGGAUCUUCCUCCGACGCGGGUGUGUCUGAUCCAGGUCCACACGUCUCAAAAGACGCCUGUUUAGCAAGUGCAUCUCCGCCACGGUGUUUCCUGGUUGGCAAGCCAUGCGCAACCAGUGAUUCACCGACGGGGCGUGGGACGAACGGAUACGUCGCAUACGACCUGGCGACAGGCCGCCUUGUGUUCUUGAAGGGUGCGUGGCGCGCAAGGACCGCCAACUCUGAGAUCAAGGUGUACGAAGACCUGUGGAAAGCUGGUGUACGAUGCAUUGCGACACCCAUCUGUGGUGGCGAUGUGGUCGGGAGUGAUGGUGAAGUGCAGCAAACGGUGACUCAAAAGUAUUUGACCGACAUGCCCGUCCGUAUCCAUUGCCGCCUAGUCGUGGAAGAGAUAGGCCGCCCCCUCGAAGAUUAUAGAGGUGGUGAUGAGCUCGUGGGAGCCCUCUUUUGUGCUCUGAUUGCCCACCAAGACGCAUGGGAAAAGGCUCGCGUUUUACACCGGGAUGUUAGCGCAAAGAAUGUCUUGCUCUACAUCAAUUCGAAGACGCAACUUGACGGCUCGAUCGCGACUGCAUUCCUCAACGACUGGGACCUGUGCAGAUAUGAAAAGGAACUGGGGUCUGCUACCCAAUAUGGUCGCUCGGGCACAUGGCAAUUUAUGUCUGCAUUGCUUCUCAAAUUCCCAGGUCUGACUCCUCACGGUGUUUCUGAUGAUCUCGAAUCGUUUGUGCACGUCCUCAACUGGUUCUGUCUUCGCUUUCAUCGCCACGACCAUCGCACGGUCGCGCUCCAACGACUAGUGGCGUCGCUCUAUGACGUGAGCGAAAAAGACGAAACAAGCAAGGAAGCCUUCGGUGGCGCUGCAAAGUUGAUUCUUAUGCAAUCCGGAAAACCUGCGGUCCGUCUUGCUCGCCACGGACCAUUGAAGACCCUGCUUGAACAACUCUCAGCCUUGUGCGAAGAGCACUACUCUGGGAUCGACAUCGAGGCACUGGAAGCUAAUCCAAGUGAUACACCUGCGGCAAAAGUAGCCAAACCGACACCAACAGUGGCCUUUCCUGAAUGGAAUACUCGGUUGCGGCCCAAUGCCCAAGCACAUGUACCGCCUAGCAAGAAAGAUGCUGCUCAGAAAGUAGGGGCGAAGGUGCUCUCUACGCACAAAGCGGUCAUGGAAGCAUUCGCCGAUGCAAUCUUCGGCGGCGCUGUCUGGGCUGAUGACAAGACGAACGAUCAAUUCGCUAACUUCAAGAUCGGGACUACCAAGGGCCAGUCCACCCUCUCAACCGGGACAAGCUCGCAUUCUGGCUCGAAACGGAAACCAGAGGAAUCAGAAGACAUCGCAGAAACU